AUGUUCUGGGUUCUCCUUUUGGCCAUAGGUAUUUCCCUUUUCGUCUUAUUCUAUUUGUCAAGCGUGGUUCGGUACUACUGCAAAAUCACAUUUUUCUACAUAACCAUAUUUCUACACGGAAUUCUAUGUCACAUUUUGAUGAUACCUUCGUUUAUAAGACAAGAUGGAGCCGAUGUUAUAUUCCAUUCGUUCCGUUACUGGUGCCUGUGGACAGGAAUCGAAGUAGAAGUUAGAGGGUUUGAUGAACACUUGAAGAACAUUAAAGGUCCAGCUGUGGUGAUUUGCAACCAUCAGAGUGCUGUAGAUGUCGUGGCUAUGACCCAUGUUUGGCCACCCAGAGGGGUUGUAAUGAUGAAAAGUUCUUUGAAAUAUAUACCUUUCUUCAAUACUUGCAGUUUAAUGGCAAACUGUAUUUUCAUCAAUCGUUUCAACCGUCAACAGGCUAUGAGCACCGUUGAUCAAUGUGUCGAGAAACUUACAGAGAAAAACCUGAAGUUAUGGAUAUUCCCAGAAGGAACUAGAAAUCCUGAGGGAGGUUUAUUGAGCUUUAAGAAAGGUGCUUUCAACAUUGCUGUCAAGGCUCAAAUCCCAAUUAUACCUAUUGUAACUUCUAACUAUAAGUCUUUCUAUUCCAAGAAAGACAAAUAUUUUCUUGGUGACGGAGAGAUAAUUGCUGAAGUUUUACCACCGAUUGACACAAAAGGAAAAACAGAGGAAGACGUUUUAGAGUUGGCGGAGGUGAUCCGGAAGGAUAUGCUUGCUGUUAACUUAAGAAUAAGCGAGGAAGCAACUAAAAGAAUUGAGAGCAAAAGAGCGAAGAAGAUGGCUUAA